CGGUUUGCAGGGGGAGCAGGCGGCUCCGCUAGUCCAGCCCUAGCUGGUGGUCCGGGCCGGGCGGGUCCUCGCCGAAGUGGCACCAUGGAGCGCUCUCCUGUAGAGGGUUCGAGCCCCGGCCCCGGCGCCCGGGAGCCACCCUCGGCGCCCUCCGAGCCCCCGGACCCGGGCUCUGGGGGCCCGGGCGCGGCGGGCGAGGUGCUGGCCGUGCUGACUUCCUUCGGGCGGCGGCUGUUGGUGCUGGUGCCGGUGUACCUGGCCGGGGCGGCGGGACUCAGUGUGGGGUUCGUGCUCUUCGGCCUCGCCCUCUACCUGGGCUGGCGCCGGGUCCGCGACGAGAAGGAACGGAGCCUUCGGGCGGCGAGGCAGCUGCUGGACGACGAGGAGCGGCUCACGGCAAAAACGCUUUACCUGAGCCAACGAGAACUGCCUGCCUGGGUCAGCUUCCCGGACGUGGAAAAGGCGGAAUGGCUAAAUAAGAUCACGGCCCAGGUCUGGCCCUUCCUGGGCCAGUACAUGGAGAAGCUCCUGGCUGAAACCGUGGCCCCCGCUGUCCGGGGCUCCAACCCCCACCUGCAGACGUUCACGUUCACCCGAGUGGAGCUGGGAGAAAAGCCACUGCGCGUCAUUGGCGUGAAGGUCCACCCCAGCCAGAGAAAGGACCAGAUCCUGCUGGACUUGAACGUCAGCUACGUGGGGGAUGUGCAGAUCGACGUGGAAGUGAAGAAGUAUUUCUGCAAAGCAGGGGUCAAGGGCAUGCAGCUACACGGCGUCUUGCGGGUCAUCCUUGAGCCACUCAUGGGGGACGUGCCUAUCGUGGGCGCUGUGUCCAUGUUCUUCAUCCGACGCCCGACCCUAGACAUCAACUGGACAGGGAUGACCAACCUGCUGGAUAUCCCGGGACUCAGCUCACUGUCCGACACCAUGAUCAUGGACUCCAUCGCUGCCUUCCUCGUGUUGCCCAACCGAUUACUGGUGCCGCUCGUGCCUGACCUCCAAGAUGUGGCCCAGCUGCGCUCCCCUCUGCCCAGGGGCAUAAUUCGGAUUCACCUGCUGGCUGCUCGAGGGCUGAGUUCCAAGGACAAAUACGUGAAGGGCCUGAUUGAGGGCAAGUCAGACCCCUAUGCACUCGUGCGCGUGGGCACCCAGACGUUCUGCAGUCGUGUCAUCGACGAGGACCUCAACCCCCAGUGGAGAGAGACCUAUGAGGUGAUCGUGCACGAGGUCCCUGGGCAGGAGAUUGAGGUGGAAGUGUUUGACAAGGACCCCGACAAAGACGACUUCCUGGGCAGAAUGAAGCUGGAUGUAGGGAAGGUGCUGCAGGCGGGAGUGCUGGAUGAGUGGUUUCCUCUACAAGGGGGGCAAGGCCAAGUUCACCUGAGGCUAGAGUGGCUGUCCCUUUUGUCGGAUGCAGAAAAGCUGGAGCAGGUUCUGCAGUGGAAUCGGGGGGUCUCCUCUCGGCCAGAGCCCCCAUCAGCUGCCAUCCUGGUUGUCUACCUGGACCGUGCCCAGGAUCUUCCUCUGAAGAAGGGGAACAAGGAACCCAACCCAAUGGUACAGCUGGCGAUCCAGGACGUGACCCAGGAGAGUAAGACUGUCUACAACACCAACUGCCCCGUGUGGGAGGAAGCCUUCCGGUUCUUCCUGCAAGACCCUCGGAGCCAGGAGCUCGAUGUGCAGGUCAAGGAUGACUCCAGGGCCCUGACUUUAGGGGCACUGACCCUGCCUCUGGCUCGCCUACUGACUGCCCCUGAACUCACGCUGGACCAGUGGUUCCAGCUCAGUGGCUCUGGCCCAAACUCCAGGAUCUACAUGAAACUGGUCAUGAGGAUCUUAUACUUGGAUUCGUCACAAAUCUGCUUCCCCGCUGGGCCCGGCGCUCCUGGCUCUCAGGAUGCAGACAGUGAGAGCCCCCAGACAGGCAGCAGCGUGGACACCCCGGCUCGGCCCUGCCACACUACUCCCGACAGUCACUUUGGGACGGAGAAUGUGCUUCGGAUCCACGUGUUGGAGGCCCAGGACCUGAUCCCCAAAGACCGUUUCUUGGGAGGAUUGGUGAAGGGCAAGUCCGAUCCCUAUGUCAAACUAAAGCUGGCAGGCCGAAGCUUCCGGAGCCGUGUCGUUCGGGAGGAUCUCAAUCCCCGCUGGAAUGAAGUUUUUGAGGUGAUUGUCACAUCGAUUCCAGGCCAAGAGCUAGACGUUGAGGUCUUUGACAAGGACUUGGACAAGGAUGACUUCCUGGGCAGGUGUAAAGUGAGUCUCACCACGGUCCUCAACACUGGCUUCCUUGAUGAGUGGCUGACCCUGGAGGACGUCCCGUCCGGCCGCCUGCACUUGCGCCUGGAGCGUCUGACCCCCCGCCCCACUGCUGCUGAGUUAGAGGAGGUGUUGCAGGUGAACAGCUUGAUACAGACUCAGAAGAGCGGCGAGCUGGCAGCAGCCCUGCUGUCCGUGUACCUGGAGCGGGCGGAGGACCUGCCGCUCCGAAAAGGGACGAAGCCUCCUAGCCCUUAUGCUACCCUCACUGUGGGAGACGUUUCUCAUAAAACCAAGACUGUGGCCCAGACUGCAGCCCCUGUUUGGGACGAGGCUGCCUCCUUCCUCAUCAAGAAACCACAUGCCGAGAGCCUGGAGCUGCAGGUUCGUGGUGAAGGGACUGGCGUGCUGGGCUCAUUAUCCCUGGCCCUCUCAGAGCUCCUUGGGGCUGACCGGCUCUGCAUGGACCGCUGGUUCGGGCUCACCAACGGGCAGGGGCAGGUGCUGCUGAGAGCACAGCUCGGGAUCCUGGUGUCCCAGCACUCUGGAGUGGAAGCCCACAGCCACAGCUACAGCCACAGCUCCUCGUCUCUGAGCGAGGAACCCGAGCUCUGGGGGGGACCCCCUCUCGUCACCUCCUCAGCUCCAGAGCUGCGGCAGCGCCUGACACAUGGAGACAGCCCUGUCGAGGCCCCAGUGGGGCCACUGGGCCAGGUGAAGCUGACGGUGUGGUACCACAACGAGGAGCGCAAGCUGGUCAGCCUGGUGCACAGCUGCCGAGCCCUACGGCAGAAUGGCCGGGACCUGCCUGACCCCUAUGUGUCACUGUCGCUACUGCCGGACAAAAACCGUGGCACCAAGAGGAAGACAUCCCAGAAGAAGAGGACCCUGAACCCAGAAUUCAGUGAGCGGUUUGAGUGGGAACUGCCCCUGGACGAGGCCCUCAGGCGGAAGCUGGAUGUCUCUGUGAAGUCAAAUUCCUCCUUCAUGUCAAGAGAGCGUGAGCUGCUGGGGAAGGUACAGCUGGAUCUAGCUGACAUGGACCUUUCCCAGGGUGCGGCCCAGUGGUAUGACCUGACAGAUGACAAGGACAAGGGCAGCUCCUAGGGACCCCCAAGGAGGAGUAUGAUUUGCUCUGUCUUCUCGCCUUGCCUCUCCUUGUAUCACCGCCUCAAUGUGAUGAGCCUAACGUUAGGGGCCCAAGGGCUGAGCCUGUGCCCUGUGGCCCUUUGCCUCCUGGGCCCAUAAAAGGGCCUUUGCCUGACCAAAGAGAAGGACCAUGUUACCCUUUAGUGCACGGCCUUUAUCCUUCUGGGCUUGGGUCAGGGGUCUGAGCCGGGAUUCCUGCUCUGCCUGCACUGUUCCCCCUUCUCCCAACUCCUCAGGGCCUCUGUACCUGUGCCUGGCCACUGGCAGCACUAGCAGUGGUGUUAGCUUAUGCCAAAUACAGCUUUUUGGAACGUUUUUCUUUAGCUGGAUGGUCACCUUCCUCCCUACCACGAGCAGGCAGGGAGAAUAAAGGUGUGAACUCAAGCCAUGAGCCCCUCGGACUACUGUCCAGCAACCUGGGCCCCACUGUCCAGUUCUGUUCCCUGUUUCCUCAAACCUGGCCUGAAAAGGAUGGCUGGGGCAUCCCCUGAUUGACGCUGGGGACACCACAAGUCUGCUCAAGCCUCCCAGUAGGGAGUAGUCUUGGAGCCCCAGGUGCUGCUGUUGGGUGGGGGAGUCUCGAAGAACUCGGACAGCAGGGCUGUUUCUUGUCCAAGUGCCUGGGCUGUAAGCGCACUGACCAGAACGGAGUCUGAUGUUCUUAGUUUUGCACCAAUUCUGCCAAUCCACUGUAUCCUAUAUAUUAAAAACAUGAUACUCAAACCAGCUGUGGCCCUUU